GGCGGCGCCGGCUAGCCCUAGAUGGUGCGAGAGAUGCCGUCAGGCAUAGAGGCGAGCCGAGGAGGCGUUGGCUGUACGUGAGCAAGCGGAAGUCAAUAUGACGCCGACGUGAUAGCCGCUCGAAAUUAGCCGCAGCCGGCGCUCGAAGAAUGGCGAGCGUCCAGCGAGAUCACUGGUCCUUUGUCGUGCUUCAGUUUCUGCUGCUAUCGCUGCUCAUUUGCAGGCACGGUGCCUUCGCGGACCGGAACAAGUAUUUUCACAUCUCAUCAUUGUGCAUGGGAGAACGACACUACCCUCAGUACAAGAAAAUUGAUGGUGCCGUGCUAACAUCCGAGAGCGAGAAUAACCUGGAGUGCGCCGUCACCUUCCAGACUGAUUCCAUCUUGCAACGCUUCAUGCUUCGCUUUGAAAGGCUGGCCUUGGACUGCCACGAUCAUCUAGUCAUUUUUGAUGGUGCCCACGCUAUAGGAAAUCACAAGGUGGAUCUUUCUUGUCGGAGCACACGAUCAGAUGUGGGAACCAUCUUUACCCAGGGAAACUACGUGACCCUCAAAUACACCACAGACAGCUGGAGUCCACAAGGAAAUGGCUUCAAGCUAAUAAUCACUGCCUACAAGGACAGCUCACUUCCUGAUCUCAAGCAUGACCUGAAGUGCCGGGAUUUUGAGUGCCGUAACACUUUCUGCAUCUCAAGCAACUUGACAUGUGAUGGUGUUAACCACUGCGGUGAUAACAGUGACGAGACAAGUCAUGCCUUGUGCAUAGAUGAUAUGGCCAGCAGCCAGAUUCUUGGCCUUGGUGUGAGUGUUUUUGUGACACUGGCCCUGGUGGUGAUAGUGGUGUGCCUGGUGCUGUGUGUGGGCGCCCUGUGCCUGUGCCAGCGGCUGCAACAGCAGCAGCAGCAGCGCCAAGCAGCCGCUGGAGCAAUGACUGUAACAGGGAGCCAUCCAACUGCCCUGCAGGCCAACCACAGCGCCUUCCCCAGUCACCAGCCUGGAAGCGGAGGUGUUUACGGGGGCACUGCCGAACGUCUUUGCGAGAAGCCUCCCCCAUAUCCUGGAAACAGCUACCCCCCAGCGGCCGGCAUCACAUUUCACGUUCCCCAGGAGAGCCUCUACUACCCAGCCACAAAGUGACCAGACCCGCAACGGCUCCAACUGGCUCGUCUGAGCAGAGCCUCCAGCACGACCUGUCCGCGUGCCGAGAGCAGUUCUCCUCGCCAAGGCCACUGGAUGCUGUUCCUCCUGUUUCUCCGGGCGGUGUCUCCCCAACUAGCAUGUUUCGCCAGGGGUCCCUGUCAUCACAGCCCGACUUGCUGGCUGUCACACACGGGGGGGAGGCCCCACCACAAACCUGGGCCAACACGCUUCCCAGGGGUCGGCCCGAUGUUCUGGGCCCCAGCUUUGCCAUCGAGCAUGUUGAGAGAGCUCCUCUGCCAUGGGACAUGCAUAUUGGCAUGCUUUCUACGCUACGAGGAAAAAGCACCGAGCGUCCUCCAGACUCUGUGCAAGUACAGCACCACAGUGUUGUCUCCUCUCAGCCCACUGGCUGGGAACAAACUUGGCUCUGAGCCAAAGCGCUAGUCAUAACUAAAAAUGGUGAAUGAAGCUUUCAUCACCCCCCACAAUAAGAAAAUUUGUUCCUGAGCAGAUGGCCAACGAGGAUAACAUUAAAUUUGCACAGGUUGAGGCAGCCAUAGUUUAUAUUCAGUUUACAUGUGUAGAUUCUGUGUUGCACUUACUGUGCAGAAUGUGGUAACUUGCAUUAUCAGUAGUUGAAAUGCAUGCCCUGAAUGCUGUCGUCUGAGCAGCAAGUUAAGUGAACUUUGAAAACUGAAGAGGAAAUGAGGUCAUUUAGCUGUCACUGUUUAUUUUUAUUUGAUUGUGCCAUCUAGAAAUCUUUCAGAAACAACUGAAUACAAUAUUUUUAGUUUUCAGUAAAUAACAAUAAAUAUUUAAUUUGCCUUACCAAUGAUUAUUUAUUAUUUGUAUAAGAUAUUUUCAUGUUGAUAUAUUUUAUUUUGUAAAUAGAUAUUAGUAUAAUGUACAAAUGUUUAAAUGAAGCUUGACAAAUAAUAGCUUCUACAUUUUUUUAAAGCUGUGUUAUGUUCUGUUACAAUAGCUGUUAGUUAAAUGACUUGUCACUAUGUGUAAAUGUGUACUGCUUGAUAUGAACCAAAGUGAUGGAUUGUACUACAGCGUAUUGUGAUGUAAACAGAACCAGAUUCGUCUUUACAAAACAUUCUGGUAGGAUACAACUGUUCUCUAGUGAUGCAAGUGUAUCAGCAUGGUUCUUUGCACUUGUUAGGAAGUUUUACAUCGGAAUUAAUAAGAGCAUGCCACCUCUGGUGCUGUUGAUGGUCAGCUGCCAGCAGCUUACUUGACUCUACUAAUGUCAAAACUUUCAAUAUAGGCAAGUGAAUAAUUAAAAAAUACUAUAUUACCCUUUGACCCCUAUUUGCCUACAGCCAUUGAGCUGGGCAGCAGUAAAUGGAAGGAUCAACAGCUAACAGCUUACUUUUGUAGUUGUAGCUGAUAAUGAAGUUAACACAAUUAUUGUAAUUCUUGAACAUACUGAAUUCAGGCCUGCACGAAGUCUCUGCAAGGUAUCCAGUCAGAAAAGUUGACACCAGGUGCUAACUCAUGAGAUAUGGCAUUUUAAGUGGUAGCUAGCAAUAUUAACAAGGUAAGCAUAACUGUUCAUCAAGUAUUGGCUGUCUAUUUACUAUGAGAGAUUGUUAAAAGAGCCUUCACAGUUUGGCAAUGCAUUAUAAAAAACUUAGACAAAAACAAAUUGUUUUUCACUACGACCUAGAUAGACUAGUUACAUUUAUUCAAAAUCGUAUAAGACAUCACUCUGGGUGGCAAUUGAAUGCAUAGGUUAGAACGUCGGAAACUUGAGCUACUUUGGAAGUAUUCACCACGAAAGGGGGUGGGCAUGCAAAAACACAAACACAAAAGCUCGUUCUCUUCUAGUGGGUCCAUCAUUGCACUGCCACCCAUUUUCAUGAAUAUUGGGUCUCUCAUUUGGACAUAUAUUGAACCAAAGUUCCAAGUUAAAAGUUCAUCAAUUGCUUUAACAUAGAAGUUCAAGACUAAACAUCUCAGAUCAUCAUUCAGGUGUUCAAGGUACCCGGCAGUAUCUAUAAAUACCAACUACUUUGUAAUAGAGCCUAAAUACUUGUUCACCUAAAUGAGGCUCAACACAAACUGGUCUAAGUUGAAAAGCAUAUGAAUGAGCAAUUCUAUAAAAUAGCAAUAUACAUAGUUACUACCCAUAAUAGCAACACAUAAAUGCAAGUGCUCUGAAACAACAGAACUUCGUAAUUCAGCUUGAUAAAUGGAGAGCAGGACUUACUUUUUUUUUUAAGAUAUAAAUCUUCAAUAAAACUCUGCAUAUUCGUUUCGAAGAACUGGUUAGCCCAGUCAUUUUAUAUUGCACGAGUAAUGUUAUAAUUGAUAGAAAGCAUGCCUUUUUCAAGUAAAUUGCUUUUUAUACAAAUCAGUUACUCUAGUGUAUAAGUAAGCUUGCUGAAUUGAAUGCAAAUCAGUUCACCUGGUUCUUUCAACAUAAUAUGAUUCACCCAGAGAUGUUUGAUCAGACAGUCAAGGGCUAGGCACUAGUUAGCUAGAUUGAAACGGCUCACCCUAGCCAGCUGCAAAUUACCCAAGUUCACAUUACUUGCAACCACGGGGCGAGCUCUUGAGCUGCUUUAGUUGGAUGACAUCGAGAGUCCAGCUAGAUGACCACAAAGACUGCCUUCAAUUGUAUUGCAGUGGAAAUCUGGUGGAGUAGCUAGUUGUACUUAAAUAUAUUCAAUAAGGUCAAACAGGCUGGACAAUCUCUCACCAGCUCCAUCAAACUGAUCACCAUAUUAACGUGGUCAAAUGAUUUGUAGAUACAUGAUAGUGUAUAACUCAAUUAAUUUAAUGGUCUGCUAAAGUAGGCAACAAAGGUAUAGCUGGUUAAAAACCAGAUAAUAGCAUUCAGAAAUUUUGUAACUGAGCUCUCACCUUUUUUUAAUUGGAAUUGUUCUGGUCAUAUUCUCAUGUAUCACAGUUCACAAUUUUCCAUUAUCUCAGCUAUUGUCUUAAUGCCUCAAUUUUUGGUAUACUUUUUGGAGAACAAACAAUGACCUAUUGCUAGUUUUGCAUAUGCAGGCAUUUAGUAAAUAAUUACUUAUUACUCUCUAUGUUGUGUAUGUUUAUAAUCAAAUCCAGAUUUAAAAUUAAUAUUUAUUUUAAAUUUAGAUUCGUAGUAAAAUUAUGUUGCAAAGUUUAUUUAUUGCUGUGACACUAUGAACAUAUUUGUUUUACUCAGUUUGGGGAGGAAAGCUCUGCUAGUUAAAUCAGUGUCCUUUUCCAAGCCAUAAUAUUGCUUAAGAGUAAAUGCACUGCUUUUAAUCAUUAAAGAAGUCCUGCAACACUUUUCAAAGUAAUUCUUUAAUGGUUCCACAGGAGGAGUUUAUUGCUUUGUGAGUAAACUGAUGAAAAAAUAUUUAGAAUAUCUCCAGUAUGGGUGGAUUUACAGGGAUUUGUCGCAUGCUUCAAGCACUUUCUCUUUUCUCUCAUGCUUUUGAGAAUGCAGAAAGCUACGCAGGGGAGGAGAAUAACAAGGGGCAAGAAGUGUCCCUUCAUCAGAGCCCGUCAUAACCUUGAGUAGUUUGUUGUCUCUUUCGAACACGCGGCUUACCUUAAAUGUGAUUGCUGACGUGCACCCGGGCAGGUGACAGUAUUCUGUAGCGGCGACAGUAAGUGUGUAGCCUACGAUGCCCAAAUCAGCCAAUGGCCUUGAACUUUGCGUUUAUGGUAUCUUUUCUCAUGAGAAGAGGAAAUGAUUUCUAGCUGAAUUUAAGAAUUAAUUGUAGGUUCCGGGCUGCAUGCUGCACUCUAAAGUUUGGCUCAUGUGCUCUCAUGGGCCUAGACUAUCAAUCAGCAGCGUUUUCUGACCAUGCUGAAAAUGUGUUGCGGGGCCCCUUUUAGAAAAGCUGUGGGUAAAAAGUAAAGCUCAUAUCACACAAUCUUAUUUCUUUUGGUCUUCUAUUUGGGGAAUGAGAACAUGGACCACUUGUAUUUGCUACCGGACAUCUCAAGUUAUGUGCCUGGCAGCUGGCUAUCUAGGGCCAGUGAAGAACAAUGAGUACAAUUCAAGGUCUGUGCUUCAGUAACUCUGCAUCACAUGUACUGGUAGAGAAAAAGCAUUGGCUCUUUGUAUAUAACAUGUAUGUGUGCAUGCUUGUGUAAAACUGAUCCCAAUGUAGGACUGUAUUGAUAUAUCCAUAUUUUAAAUAUGCAUAUAAUUUUUUUUCUGUCACAAAGGAGAAAACUUUUUGUUUGUAAAAAACACAAGUUUAACAUUUCAAUUAGACCACAAGCUUGAUGCUGCAUGCCAGUACAGUGUAGCGCACAUAUAGUAAGAAACCAAACGCAAACUGCUCUUCGUUUGCAUGCAUGUGCGUGACACUUAUUAACAAAUCGAAUUAUACUAUGAUAGCACACACACCUUACCUCUUAUAAUGGUGCCAGAAGAUCACAGUGCAAGCCCAUGGGUGUGUGUAUCAACCAAUGUGACUCCAUUUGUUCUGAUGCAUAAUUCUCACCUUAGCGGCUUCGUGUUAUAUGAAGUCAUCGGUAUGGGAAUCAAGUUCUAAAGAUUAGAUUACUUGCAUGCAUUUUUGACAAUUUUCAUAUCCGAGUAUCUCAUGGAAUUUGGCCUGCAUAAUGGGGUGUGUUUUUACCACUAUUUUUGGACUGUUUCUGACAGUGUUUUUUUACAACUUGUCUAGCCUUAGAACACUUUUUAUAUGUGAUGUGAACUCUUGAUAAGAAGAGCAGCCUGUUUUUCAUUUUUUUGGCAGUGAAAUGCCGUUAGGCUGUCAUUUAUGGUGAACGCAAGAGUGAGGGAAAGGUCGUGGACAAUGCCUUUUUUAUUCUGCUGAAACACUCUUACAUGUGUGCUUUGUGGUAAGAGAUGUUUCAGUAUUUUUUAUUUUUGCCACUUCGUAUGGGUGACAUUUUUUACAAGUGCUGCAUGGGAGAAGAUCGUUAAAUUUUUCACAGUUCCUAAUGCCUAGGUUUUAUAAGUUUUCAAAUAUUUCUUGAACAUUUUGAUUUCCUAUAGAGUUUUUUUACAUUUCUUAUUAUUUUUUAUCACUCACACUAAGUCCUGUUUUCUUUAAAUCCUUCACGUCACUCUAGUUCUGCUUCCACACUUUGUCCAGCUAAUUUUCUAAUGACAUAUCACAGCCCAUUUGCGAUACAGUGAUGCUUGGCAAUAUGUAAUGUCAUUAUUACAUAGAACAGCAAUAUAGUAAUUUAUGUAGGCAGUUUGAUGUUUGAUGCUGUGAUGAACUUUUUUUGUUUUUGCAUCGUCUGAUGUAUACAAUGCACAUAAUGAGCGUACAAGACUGUGCAGUUAAUAUACUCAUCUAGCCUUCUCACUGAUAAGAAAAUUGAUUGAUUAUCAUUAGGUCAGAGUAUCUGUACAAAUGUCGCUAAAAGUAAAUAAAUAUAUUACCCAUUACUAGCACAAAAAAUAAAAAAAUAAGUUUGAAGAUUGCAGGAUGCCAGUGCCACAUGAGGGGAACUGCUAAUCCAAAGAAAGCACUCAUAAGCUAAAUUAACAUAAUUAUUAAGGUUUGUUGAAUAACCUAGAUGAAAAAAGCUACUUGAGGCUACAACAGCAGGAUAAAAGAAUCAAUUAAAGCAAGUAAAAAAGUGCAGUACCUUGGAUAGGCAAUUUACUAACAUCAACAUAAUGUGAAUUUAAUGAAUAAGAUUAUGAUAGUAUCACUUUAACGUUAGUUAAUAGGUGUAAUUAGUUAGUGAAUUGGGGCAAGUAGUUGCCAGAAUGAUGUCAUGAAAAUUUAUUAGAAGUUAAAGGAAAUGAAAAGAAUAGUAAAAAAUGAUCUUCAUAAGCAUAAAACUCGCAAUACUUUAUGUUUUACGAGUGUCAGAAUUCGACAUGAGUGUGAGUCAUUGUGUCAUUUUCAGAUGACGUGAGGUUUGGUGUUGCAUUGUUCUUUAGAAUUUUAAUGCCGUUAUUUUGCACUGAGAAACCAAACAGCACAUGCUAUUUUUACGGUUUCUUAAUUGAUGGCAACAACCAGCCAAAAUGAAAAGAAAAUUAUACCACUUGCACACUCUCUAAGAGGUUUGUCGUGCGCUUUUAGGAAAUCUGGCUCAACUUCAUCAGAGGUGUACUUAUUCUAUUUGCAGUUUGCACUUCUCUUCAUCUUGGCAACGUUAAUUUCGUGUACUGCUAGCAUCACCUGGUAUAACAUGGACAGACUUUUGUUAUGCAAUCACUUUCUUUUUACAUUAGUAUAAGAUGCAACUCACAUUGGACAAUUGAGUUUUCGCGGACCAAGCUAGUUUACAUGAUGUGCAAAAGCAUUGCAGGCAUGAUGGCCAGCAUGCAUACUGAAAUCAACCUCCUGGCAAGCUUUGAGCAUAUCAUGUUUUUUAUGAAAGUUGUUUUGUGUGCCUGUGUGGGCCUUGUGUGCACAUUGUAGAACUGUCUUGUUAUGUCGGUUGCAAGAAUCGGGGCUCCAAAAGAAUAAAAUGAUCAAUUGGAAGUUGACUGCGAUGUCACAAC